AUGACGGAAAGGAAAGCGCAGGAAGAGAACGCAAACUCGUCAAGAAAUACAAGCAGAACAUAUCGUUCAGCGGUCGAUGCGAUCGAUUCGAAUGCGCUGAGUAAAGCCCUAAUGAGAGAAUUCGAGGAGUCUAAUGGCAGACAUCGCGAUAUCACACCUGGAGGUAGUCCCAGCAGGAAGCGACAACGAGUGUAUGGCGACAGAUUCAUUCCAAAUCGAGAAGGACAAGAUUUGCAAGCCAGCUUCAGCUUGCUGCAUGAUGAGGGAUCUCCAGCAACACCUUCCAAACAAAAGAAGCGUACCCCGCAUGGCGAGCUCCAUUUUCAAAGAACGGAAGAAGCCAAUAGGACAUUCUCUACCUUGCUUAGGUCCGAGCUCUUUGAUACCACAAUCCCACAGCCCACACCUACCAGUUUAUCACCUGAUUCGCAUAAUACAACUAUCAACGACCCUACUAGAUCUCACACGCCACCUCAUAUUUCACCUGCUGUUUCAGCACUACCCGCGUCUCUUACUCCUUCCACUCCACAUAAGAAUCUCUUUACGUAUAUGUCCCCGCGACAUCAUACCAAUAUUGCCGGUCACCCCACUCCAUCACGGACACCUCAAAGUAGACAUGGAAUCAACCUUGAUGUCCGGUCCCAGCUCUAUAGUGUCUCUCCUGUACGAUUCAACAGCCAGCAAAUGUUAAUGAGUCCUCGCAAGCAACCUCGAGUUGUGAGCAAGGUACCAUAUAAAGUAUUGGAUGCUCCUGAUUUAGCUGAUGAUUUCUACCUUAACCUUGUGGAUUGGGGGAGUAGCAACGUUCUUGGAGUAGGACUUGGAUCUUGCGUGUAUAUGUGGAAUUCGCAAACUGGACGAGUCAACAAGCUUUGUGAGUUGAGUGAUGAUACGGUCACAAGUGUCUCUUGGAUUCAGCGUGGCUCUCAUAUCGCCAUUGGUACUGGAAAGGGAUUUGUUCAGAUUUGGGAUGCAGAGCGAGUACGACGUCUAAGGACCAUGACAGGUCAUACAGCCCGAGUUGGUUCACUUGCUUGGAACGAUCAUAUUCUCACUUCGGGUUCUAGAGAUCGCCUUAUCUACCACAGAGAUGUACGAGCGCCGGACCAAUGGUUGAGAAAAUUAGUUGGACAUAAGCAAGAAGUUUGUGGUCUUCGUUGGAAUUGCGAUGAUCAACAACUUGCAUCGGGUGGAAACGACAACAAGCUUAUGGUUUGGGAUAAGCUAUCUGAUACCCCACUUUACAAAUUUAGUGACCAUACUGCUGCUGUCAAGGCUAUUGCUUGGUCUCCUCAUCAAAGUGGUUUACUUGCAUCUGGAGGUGGUACUGCAGAUCGUCGUAUCAUAUUCCAUGACACUAAGCGUGGUAACAAACUCAAUGAGGUCGAUACAGGCUCUCAAGUAUGCAACCUUGCAUGGUCGAAGAACUCGAAUGAAAUCGUAUCCACCCAUGGUUAUUCUCAAAAUCAAAUUGUGGUUUGGAAAUACCCGAGCAUGCAACAAGUUGUUAGUCUCACAGGUCAUACAUACAGAGUACUAUACCUGGCAAUGAGUCCUGAUGGCAGAGUUGUAGUAACUGGUGCAGGCGAUGAGACUUUGAGGUUUUGGAAUGUGUUUGGUAGAAAGCCAGGACAGAGAGAUGAUUGUGAUGCCGGUGGAGGAAAACUUGCGGAUUGGGGUAUCAUCAGAUGA